CUCUAUUACCGAGGUGGUGAUAAAUUUCCAUUUAUUCUUUCUGCUUUCCGGCGCAAGCGGCGGUAGGCGGCUCGAACAACUUCAAGCGUGCCUGGCAUACGAGUUCUUGGCAAAGUCUAAGGUUAUUGCUGGAACAACUUAACCUCAACAGCAACACUUGCCUGUACACACCAUGUGAUCUAACGUACCUAGGUAACAAAGUCUCCGAGACUGGGCCAGAAGACAGCAUGGCCACCACCACCCAGUCCGGCGCGUUGUCGUCACAGAAACCAUCGCCGACUGCUAACACGAAACCCAACCGACUCCCCGCUCCGACACUCUUCAUCGCGCCUCCGUCACGCAACGCCUCAAACUUGUCCCUUAGUCGCCAGCAACCUGCGGAAGCAACUCUGAACCUCGAACGCGAUCCCAUCUCGCGCCACAAAUCAGGUCUCCCCCGCUCCCGAAACGCCAUCGAUAACGCUCAACAACAGCAGCCCAUAUCCGAGGAUGAUUCCGAGAACAGCCCCCAUACGCAAAAAUCUAGCGUCAAGAAAGCCUCAGAACGAAGCCUCGAGACGAGAUGGAAAGAAAUGCAGAACACCCUGAACGAAGUCGAACUCACUGCCCAAAGCUCCACUCAUGUUUUUGGAGAAUCACACGCUCGUGCUUUGGAGGAUUUGAGGAAAGCACAAGUCGAGUUAGCGCGAGCUUGGGGUCGGGGCAAUCAAGAUGAAAAAGACACAGAUCCCACUAAAGCACAGAGCAUCGAAAAGAACAUGUCCGAUCGAUUCAAAGGCGCUGAUUCCCUCGCUAAAGAUCGUGUGGUCGCAGAAAGGAAUAGAGGAGAUACAGAUGCUUCCGUUUCCACGAUGGCAAGUACCGCGUUAAGCGAUGAGAGUGCGCAGAGUGGUCCGGAUGUCACGAGCAAGAGCGGGAGGUCGCAGCUGGAGGAUGAGACGAAGCAAGAUAUCAAAUUGGCGAGCGAGAGGCGAGCGGCGAAUGAGGCGUAUUUCAGAAAGGUGGACGGAGGUGUUAGGGAGGUCGUGCAAAAAUUGGAGAUUGUUGCACAGGCUAUGAGGGGAGUUGAGGCGCAAAGCAGGAGUCUGUGGUCGGAUAGCUCGAGUGACUUGGCCACGAGCAGUGAGGAGGCUGGGAACAAAAAGGAUGUGAAGGUGGAGGGCGGUGCUGCGAACGGGUGAGGAGGCCUUGCAUCACACUCAGCAAUAAUUGCGCGAUAGAGUGCAGGCCAGAUUGUGAGAACGUGAGUCUGUGUCACAUUGCUGCUGCCGAAAUGCACGCAAAUGCUGGGAUGCUCCGAGUCUCGCCAACAACAAGCAAGUGUGCCUUGACCUGCACAAAACUGGAAACAGACACUCUCUGGACUUAUGAAUUCUUCCGUCCAUCUUCUACAAAUAUGCUCUGCAAUGAAUGCAAUAGCGCGAGGGAUUAUCACAGAUCCGCGCGCGCCACCGCUGCCAAGAACUCAAACAUCUACCUUAGUAGGAGGUAGCUCACUUGCUCCUGAGUGGUCAUGUCGAUGAUCGGAGAAUCCGAGCCUACCCCGGACCCUACCACCAUACCAAAGCUGUGAGGAGCGAGUCAACAACCUGGAGCUAACUCCGCGAACAUCGUCUAGUGUGCCACACUUCGGGAACCAGUCAUAACCAAUGCCUUGGACGUAGAAACCUCGGAUGGACGAACGGGAUUUUUUUGGUACAUGUGGAAGGUGGGAGAAAGACGAGUGCACGUAUCUUGUUAGCGCCUUGAUCCUAUCUGAGAGAGAACAGAGCUAGCUCGUUUGAGUGAAAAUUGACGGAGUCGUAGUUGCAUGUCCUUGCUUGCUUGGUGUCUCUGUCUGUCUACUACGAACGAAAUGGUCUCAGAGAAGUGCACUGUACUAUAUAUACUAGGUACCUGUACUUAUUAUAUGUAGCUACCUACCAAAAACAACGGGGAACCGUGCU